AUGAAUGAUCAGGCGCAGCAGAUGAUGAAUCAGCCGCAAAUGAUGGGCGGUGGUUCGGGUCGGGCGGGUCCGGUGAUGAAUCCGCUUCCGACGGGCCCUCCGAUUAUGAGCCAGGCGCCUCCUCCACCGGUGAUGGCGAUGAGCAUGGGCGGGCAGACAGGGCAGCUGAUGAACCCUGUUCAGGUUCAGCCACAGAUGAUGAACCCUACCAACCAGCCUCAGCAGAUGUUGAGUCAUGGCCAAGUCAUGAGCCAGCAGAUGAUGAUGAAGAAUCAGCAGAGAGGGUACAACCCGUGGCCGCCGCAGCAGAAUCAGCAGCAGCAACAGCUGCAUCCUGGGAAGUUUGGUUACUUUGUGCCGCCGUCAAAGCCCAGAACGGGUAACAACAACUGGAAGGGUAAGAAUAAGGACAGAAGGAUGGGGAAACCCAUGUCUAAUAACAUAUCCAACAACAAUAGCAACAUUAGUGGUGGUGGCAGCAGCUUGACUGGUUCUUCUGGUGGUGGUGUUGGAGGAGCGAGCUACAUUCCGCCCAGUCUUAACGAGCUGCAAAAUCAGAACAGGAUGAAAACGCAGAAGCACUAUCACCAUAACAAGAAGAAGUAUAACAAUCGCUAUGCUCCUUACGCCCCUAGGAAUAGCACGUCGUUCAUCAUUCGUGCUAAGAAGUCUGGUGGGAUUGCGUCGCUCGUGUCGCCUUGUCCUGUUACACCUGCUGUACUGCCAACACCGGACAUUGAAAUUCACCCGAUGGAGGUGCUUGGUGAUGUGGCUAAGGAAGAAUGGGGAGUUGAUGGGUAUGGGUCGAUGAAAGGUUUGAUUAGGUUGAGGUCGCCGGGUCACGAGGUGGAGGUGAACGAGGAUGACGAGGAAGAUGAAGGUAGUGGGUCGAGUGAGAGUGACGUGGAGGAACAUGUGGAGGUUGAGAGAAGAUUGGAUCAUGAUUUGAGUAGGUUUGAGAUGAUAUAUCCUAGUAAUGCUGGAGGGGAGUAUAGUUAUAACAACCUUUUGGAGAACAGGGUAGAUGAUCAGGACACACAUAUAGCACAUCUAGAGGAAGAGAACUUGACCUUGAAGGAGAGGAUGUUUUUGAUGGAGAGGGAGUUGGAUGAUCUGAGAAGGAGGAUGCAGUUUUUGGAGCGGCAUCAUCAUCAUCAUCAUGGGCAGGGUAAUAGGAGUGGUAGAGUUAUGGGGGAAGUUAAUGAAGAAAUUUUGGAGAAUGUCUCCGAGAAUGAUUUGAACGAGUCCGAAAGUCAUGGUGAGUCAGAUGGCCUUGCUGAUAACAAGGAGAUGCCGAAGAUGGAGCUUGCCGAUGGACAUAGAGAGUGCUCUAAUGAUGAGAAUAAUGUGAAUGAAAAUAGUAGAGAAGAUGUUAAGUCAGAGACCAAUGAUAUUUGUAUGUUGGAGUCUGGUGAUGAAGUUGUUGAAAAGAAAGAGGUCAAGUGUGAAGAGGGUAGGGAUCCUCUGGCGAGUGAUGCAUUAGUGGCUAACAAGGAAGAACCGAGGGAUAACGUGAGGCCAGAAAAGGUAACUGCCAAGGAAGAGGUAACUGCAUUGGGUGGUGAUUGUCAUGUGAAGGACAUCAUAGAGGAUACAGUAGAUGGUGGAUCAGGACAAGUGCAGGUAGUCCCUUGUGAAGCCAUAAGAACAGUAGUCAGCGAGGAUCAGCUCUGGAGCUUCAUUCUGCUGGAUGUUCGUUCAAGCGAGGAUCAGCUCUUGGCUUUUGAUGCCAGUUCUCCAGAUAGCAACUUCGACACAGCGAAGCAGUUCGUUUGUAUUCGAGGCUUCCUCAUCCUGACGGCUCAGCAGAUCCCCGACCUGUCCAUGUUACACGACCAAUGAGCUGGUUCUGUGAAAGUUACACUCGUGACCUGAGUGAAGAUGAAGGCCUCCUGCUAAUGUUUGGGUUGGGUAUUCAGGUGACAUGGAUGCGUAUAGUUGCUCGAUGUGUUUCAAAAGCAGGUGGGUUUCCGCUCAAUGGAUCUUGUAUAACGGAGAAACUGAAAGUGAAAAGACAUCAAAUAUGGAUAAAAUAUACCUGACGUCACCGUGUACAUUAACUAACUAGGCGUUCAUUAGAUUAGAGGAGGGUAAGCUACAAAAUAUGUUUCUCAGUAAUACAACAUCAAAUAUAGGUACGUAGGCU